ACAUGUCCGAGGCAAAGAAGAUGACGUCGAGUCGCCGCCAUCAUCUGAAGAGUUUGAUGCUUCAGAUCGCAGCCAACUGGAUCGAGCAGGAGAAGAAAGACCUCGAGGCGGCCAAGGAGGCCCACAUGGCCGAGAUGUGCCCCAAGCCCAACCUCAGCGGGGACAUGGCCAGCCUGGUGGAUAUCUGCAAGAAGCUUCAGUCGACCAUCGACAAGAUCGACGACGCCCGCUAUGACAUCGAAUCCAAAGUGUUGAAGAUCGACGUUGAGAUCCAGGACCUGAAGCUGAAGGUGGUGGAACUGGCGGGCGUGAAGAAGCCGGCGCUGAAGAAGGUGCGCAUGUCGGCCGACGCCAUGUUGCAGGCGCUGCUGGGGGGGAAACACAAGACCACCAUCGACCUCAGGUCCAACCUCAAGCAGGUCAAGAAAGAGAUCAAGGAGGAGCCCACAGAGGCCGUCGGAGACUGGCGCAAGAACAUCGAGGACAAGGCCGACAGGAAGAAGAUGUUUGAGACCUCCUAG